GUGUUUUUUUUUUCAUAUAUAUAUUGUUGUACGCCAUUGGUCUUGGUAUCAUACGAGACCAUUAACCCGGCCUCAGGGAGAUUAGAGCCAUCUUCUCUACUUUUCUCCACUGGGGUGAUUCCUGUCCGGCGCGUCCAUGCCGCGGGGGUGGGCAUCUCUCGCUUCAAUAGGCCGGAGCGAAUACAUGGCUGAGUUCGGACCAUGUUCGGACAGGGACCCAAGCCCGCGGGGUAUAACGCGGAACCCUGGCUCGGGGUUACGGGUGAAGAGCCCAACGGCUGUAAAGGCGGAUAUAGAAACCAUUGAAACGGCUAAACAGGCGGAAGAGGCACAUCAAUAGGGCAAACAGGAGUAGGUUAAUCUCCACUUUCAAAAUAAUCCCUCCUGGCAGGCCUCUCCAAAACACUCGGAUAAAGGGCUACAGGAGCGCUGUGCACUUGGGACGGAGUGGACAGAAGGUUCGGCGGCGGAAGAACCACAAAGUGGGUCAUCGGCGGCGUUCCGGCUUUUCAGAAAAGCCUCGUCCUCGGCGUCAGGUGGCAACCGGCCGUAAAAACAACUCGCCAAUACACUACAUCUAACACUCAACAUGAAAGUACAAUAUGAAAGGAUAAGUAUAAAUGCUAAGGCGUACCCUGUAAGCGACUGCCCAUGCGAAACCCGAUAUAAACCAGCGAAACAUGCUAGGGCGUCCCCCGUAAGCGACGGUUUUAGACGCAGCGAGACAAAUUUGCGAAUAGCGACUUGGAAUAUCGGUUCCAUGAUUCUUAACAGAAGACACAUUAACAUCUGCUGUGUUCAAGAGUUAAAUUCAACUAUUAUAUAAUGGGUCAUCAACUACUAGGAACGGCAUCGGUCGUGUAAUACUACUUAGAUGAGAAUCUUAAGAACAGAAUCAUACAAAUUAACAGAAUUAGUGACAGAACAAUGUACGUCAAAGUGGCCCUAGAUAAUCAGCCUUGUUUAAACAUUUUAUCGGUUUACGCCCCUCAAACUGGCUGUAACAGAGAAGAAAAAGAGGUAUUCUGGGAAGAGUUGCAGGAAACCAUCCAAAACAUACCAGCUACGGAAAAUAAGAUCCUUGCAGGCGACUUAAAUGGACAUAUCGGAAAAGCGUCUACCCAGGGAUGUGAUAUGCACGGGGCUUUGGAUACGGCAUAUUAAAUGAUCAAGGCAAAGAAAUACUAGACCUUGCAAACAACUUUCAGGUGUCUAUUAUUAACUCUUUCUUCGAGAAGAAAAACGAUCAUCUUAUCACAUACAAAAGUGGUAAAUUUGCUACACAGAUCGAUUACAUAAUGUGUGAUGCCAGUCUGCGCAAGUUCUUUAGAGAUUGUAAAGUCAUCCCAGGGGAACCACUUACCACCCAACAUCGGCUGCUUGUAGCAUGUCUAAAACUACCAAAUUGGAGAUCCAAAUCAAAAAUAAAGCCCCGGCCCUGCAUCAAAUGGUUCAACCUGGACAAGGCUAAAGGCCUUACUGUAAGAGUAGGAGAAUAUCUCACAGAAGAUCUCCGAGAUGUUAGUGAAAAGCCAGAAGACGUCAACACCAUGUGGAAUACUUAACUUUCAUUCUUUCAAUCUUCGCACCGCCAAGGACCUUCUUGGGGUUACCAAAGGCAAGCUCAGGUCUGAGAAGAAUGGCAGCUGGUGGUCACAGGACGCCAAAGAAAUGCUAAAGGAGAAGAAACAACAGUUUAAGAAAUGGCACGAAACACACCAUAGCCAAGAUGAAGAGUUGUACCAUAACGUUAGAAAAUCAGUGAAAAGAGCAGUAGCAAUAGCUAAAGCGCAGGCGGAGGGAGAUUUUAUCAAACGGUUAGAAAAAUGUGAAAACGAAAAUGAAAUUUUCAAAGUUGCUAAAUUCCGUAAUAAGCAAACCCAAGAUUUUAACCAAAAUAAAUACAUUAACGAUGAUUAAACUUUUAACUGCUGACGCCGAUAUAAGUAGGAGAUGGCACGAUUACUUUUACAACCUUCUAAAUGAAGAAUUCCCACAAGGCAAACUUCCGGAGUUGCCUCCAGUCUCAGGCCCUAUAAUUUCAUUUAUAUAAUUUCACCCUUGGAAGUGAAAAAUGCAAUGUCCCGAAUGAAAAAUGGAAAAGCUACUGGUAUUAUUAUUGUAGCAACAGCUUUAACUUGGUUGAUUAUAAAGGUGCAUGAUGGGUAUACGCCGUGCACCAUGUGUACUGGACGAAUAACGCCAGUGCCUUGUCUGUGAAAUGGAACGGCGACGCGGGCGACGUAUUAAAAAAAUGUUAGUAGAGCUGUGACAGUCGCGGUGAGUGCGUGUUGUUUAAUUCAUUAACGGGGUGAAUUUAAUUCAAACAAAAUGCCGAAGAAAUUGAAAGUUGUAGUGAAGUCGCUGUACUCGCACGAGAUUCGGAAGGAUGUCAGCCUAGACGACUUGAAGUCACUAAAGCUGGAAGAUGCGUGGCCAUUUAUUAGAGACGAAAUUGAAACAGAAAUCGGUAGCAGUCAAUUGGUUUGUAUUCCGCACAUCACGGAAGCAGACCUCUACAAAUGCACCUCUCUAUUCGUCCCUAAGGAAAAAGAAACUAACGGUAAAAUGUUCACGCCCCUUGGAGAAUUGAGCCAGAAUAUUAAUAAAGCAAAAUCUAAUAGCGAUUAUGUGAAAUGGCUGGAACAAGGCAAUUUUCAAGAGGAGGACUUUAAAUUUCCGCAUGAAAGCGUGAAGAUCACACUGCAAGAUGAAACAAUCAAGAACAAAGUGCGAGUGAUCAUGGUCAACUUUGCCCGCUCCAGUGUCCCCAAGGACAAGCACCUUGAGAACAACAUCUAUCUUGAUGUCAAUAACAAAGAGCUGAAGGGCAAGAAGUCGGUGUACAUGAUCACAAACGUGCUGAUGGCGAAGACGAUCGAGUUCCGCGUGACGCGCGGCACCUCCUCGCGGAUCUUCCACCUUGGCAACUGGUCCCCACUGGUCUUCGGGCUUGAGGAGUUCCUUAUCGGGGAGGACGGCAAGCUCGUCAAGAAGGUACCAGUGACUAUCAAGUCCAAGGCCCUGCGUUGGAAGAAGGUGGACUCCUCGGACCACCUGUACAUCGUGGGCAAGGACGAAGCCUGCAGUGCUUAGAUUAUUUACACCGUUUAGUAGAAAUGCUUCGAGCUAACUGAAUGAGCUCACCACACUAUAAAAUUGCUGCUACGUGAGAUGAUAGCGGAUGUAGCAUGUGAACGUAAAAAUAUCGUUUAUAUAAAAAUAUGCUUACAGGCGCAAACAUUGGCCUUAUGUUACGUGGACUUCACGUAUUUUUAAAAGUAGGCUGAUAUUUUAAAGGUGAUUUUCAACAUCAUAACUAAAAGUAGAAAAAGGUGUACGCAUAGAAAUUGCUUGGCAGUUCUAGGAAGACCUUAAAAACUAAAAAUGGAGACUCGGUGUAUUUUAGCUCCCUUUCGCACAGCCCUUGUCGCUUAAUGGAUGGGUAUUAGAUAAUUUCUGUUUUAGGAGAUAUUACAACUUGGCCAAGCCAUGACCUAUUUUAUGAUAAUGAAUCACUCUGUUUAGAUUAGAUUUUAUCUGUUAGAUAAUGGACCUUUAAGGCAUCCCAAUUAAAUUUUACAAAAAUUAUGUUUUAUGUGUAGGUAAUUUAACAUUCCAAAGUAUGACUCGACAACUUACAUCAGUGAUGUUAGGUAUGAUUUACCUAGAUUUCUCGAUUCUGUUCUGUGUCUAUGCUUUAUCACACUGGCGUUUUUGGUGGGUGAAUUCGCUGAAAUUAAUCGCCAGCAUGGAAAAAUCUUGAGUUUGGAGUUUAUUAGUAUUCCUAGGUAAUUAAUUAGAUUGUAAAGCAAGACCCAGUACUUAUAAACUUAGUUACGUUCAGUAUUUGAGAUGUGAUGCUACUUAUACCAAUAGAUAAUUUUUCUCCUAACCAACCCUCUAAAAUAGCAUAUAUUAUGGUGAUUAGUAAAUACACGUCACAUGAGAAGCGUGUUCACACUAAUUUGAUGUGGAUGAUCCAAAUAUGUGUGCAUUUUCCAAGACUUCUGAGUCUUUUUGAUGUGGCCAGUCUCCCAAUGAGAUAUCUUAUAGACGAACUAAUUAGUGUUUUCAUCACCUGCAUUGUGAUAUUUUUUGUGACUAUCUAGAAUUCGGGAUACAUGUUAAAUUUUAUUUAUGGAUAGCCUAUUCUUUUUUUACUAUAUGAAUGAGGCUAAUAAACAAAUGAUUAUUGAAGUAUUUUUUUUUUUUUAUCCUGUGACUUUAUUGUGAUGUCAAUGUAAUUUAAUUGUAGGUGAAUGGUUUAAAAUAGUGUUAUUGUGACGCAAUUAUCAUGUUACUAUAUUAAAUGUUUCAUCACAUUUGUAUUUUUAAGAAAUAAAUGUAUUAAAUUUAAAUAAACUGUGUUGAAAUAA